AUGUCUUUGCUGUGGUUCUAUCUCCGUCUUGAUCCCCGCAAAUACAUGCGCUGGGCUGUCUUCUUCGUCAUGUUCUUCAACAUCGGAUUAUCCCUUGCGAGCUUCAUCGGCGCACUGGCGGCCUGCAGUCCUCCAUCUUUAUUUUGGACUAAUCCAAUGUCGAGCGGCUGUAUGUCCAUAGAGCCACAGCAACGCUUCUAUGAGGUCAAUGGUAUCUUGAAUAUCGUGACAGAUAUCUUGACAUAUCUACUCCCACUUCCAAUGCUCUAUGGGCUAAAGUUGUCUUGGCGCAAGAAGGGGGCUAUUCUGGGGAUCUUUGGGCUGGGUAUCUUGUCCAUUGCUGCGGCCUGCGUUCGCUACGACUUUGUCACGAAAUUAUCCUCGGCCAAAGAAGAGUAUUACCUCCUACUGGCUGACUCCCUCAACUGGUGCACAAUUGAGGCUUAUGUUGCCAUAUUCUGUGGUUGUGCUCCCUCACUCUCCAUACUGAUCAAGACAUAUGCCCCGUAUAUAUUCAGUUCCAGCGGUGCCAGUUCCUCAAGUAGCACGCAGUCACCUAGAGCAAGACGAAACCCUCUAAAAAGUAAUCGGCGUCGGGGAAUGGCCGAUACAACGCUGGGUAGUCAGGAUGCCUUUAUUACUGUCAGCAAUCCCGGACAGGAACAGGAUGGGAUCAUGAUGGAGGCAGACCUAGAACCGGAUGUGGCGACGCGGAAGUCGACGGAGAAUACUACUUAUAAGAAGGAGUAUUAUAAUUUUACGAGGUAA